AUGGGGGCCAAAAAGGAGAGGGAAGGGAGAUUGCUGGGCGCACCGCUCUACACUGUGAUGGCGGCGGCUGCAGAAGAGCGGAUGAUCACCGCCCUUGGGCUUCCCCAAUCCGCAGAGGUGGCCGGUGUAGUCACAGGGGCUGCUACCUUGGAUCUGAGUCUGCGCAAGAUAUGUGAGGGCGCGGCAGAGUCAAAAGGAGCCAAGCAGAGCCAGAGCCAGACCCAGAACCAAACGCAGACACAACAGUACAAGUUUGGCCAGUCAGUCAGUCGGCUGGAAGAACGCUUUGCCGGAGGAACGGGCGGGGCUGGUCAGUCGCUGGGCGACGGCGGUCGCUUGGCCAAGGUGGUAGCCAUCUCCAAGGUGCGCGUAUACCCAAUAAAAGGCCGGCCCGUGCGCUGCGCAGAAUACAAAGAGGGCGUGGGAAAUGGACACGCCCAGCAGCAGCAGCAGCAGCAGCAGCCACCGCUCGCACAAUUACAUUGCCACAGGAGCCUCAAAGCGGCGGCAGACAAGCGCGGCGGCUAG